AAAAUAUAAGCGGGAAAUCAAUUAUUUCAUUCUAUCCCGCCUUAGGUUCUAGAACUUUCCACUAUAUAAACCCUUUCCCUCUUCACCCAACCUUCGAUCUUUCAUUUCCCUCCAUUCCCCUUCAAAACCCUAACCGUCAAAACCCUAAUCUUUCAGAUCCGCCAUCAAGAUGUUGGAACUCCGUCUAGUUCAAGGUUCACUUCUCAAGAAGGUUCUCGAAUCGAUCAAGGAGCUGGUGAACGAUGCGAACUUCGACUGUUCGUCUACUGGUUUCUCUCUUCAAGCCAUGGAUUCCAGUCAUGUUGCUCUCGUGGCGCUGCUUCUCAGAUCGGAGGGUUUUGAGCAUUACCGAUGUGAUAGGAACCUUUCCAUGGGGAUGAAUCUCAACAACAUGGCUAAGAUGCUCAAGUGCGCUGGGAAUGAUGAUAUCAUUACCAUCAAGGCUGAUGAUGGCAGUGACACCGUCACCUUCAUGUUUGAAAGCCCCACCCAGGACAAAAUUUCUGAUUUUGAGAUGAAGUUGAUGGACAUUGAUAGUGAACAUCUUGGAAUUCCUGAGGCUGAAUAUCAUGCUAUUGUUAGGAUGCCAUCUGCUGAGUUUGCUAGGAUUUGCAAGGAUCUUAGUAGCAUUGGUGAUACUGUUGUCAUUGCGGUUUCUAAAGAGGGUGUCAAGUUUUCCACCAAAGGAGAUAUUGGAAGUGCAAAUAUUGUUUGCAGGCAGAAUACUACUGUGGAUAAGCCUGAAGAAGCUACUGUUAUAGAGAUGAAUGAGCCUGUUGCCUUACAGUUUGCCCUGAGAUACAUGAACUCUUUUACAAAGGCAACCCCUUUGUCCAGCCAAGUUACCAUCAGUCUGUCAAAUGAGCUGCCGGUUGUUGUGGAGUACAAGAUUGCUGAGAUGGGUUAUGUUCGAUUCUAUUUGGCUCCCAAAAUAGAGGAGGAUGAAGAGGAGACCAAACCCCAAGUUUAGUUCAAAUUAAUGUUGGGCUGGCAAGUUUAGUUCAAAUUAAUUCUAGGCUGGCAAUCUUAGGUUAUGCUUUUACACUUACUAUGGGUUUGAAAGAAUGUAAUGGAUUCACUGUCAUUAUUUUCUACUAGAACAAUUUUAAACAAUGAAUGGUUAUUUUCA